CGAAGAAAGCUGCCAGGGAGAUUAUAAACGUUGAACGUUGCCUGUGCAGCAGAGGAUCCGAGCCCGCUGGCCUUGCUGCACGCAGCUUUAUACCUCUGCAUACAUAUAAAUCUCCAUUCGCCGAGCACGUUUCCUCGCAGCAGAGAUGACCACGGCUGUGGUGUCGUCCUUCGUUAACUUCAGCGAAGUGAUCAACAAGAACAAUAAAAUGAACUACAACAACAACAUCCUAAGUAAUUCCCAUCAGAUACCGAUGUCCUGCAUGGGUGCGAAUCCCCCCAUCAGCUCCCCUACUGGGACCCUGCUGGACAGGAAGGCUGUGGGGGCCCCUACGGCUGGGGGGCUCUAUCAGCGGCGACACUCGGUCACGCUCCCCAGCUGCAAGUUCAACCAGAACCAAUUCAUCGGCGGCCUCAAGAUGGACCCCUCAUCUGUCCUGAACGGUGGCAGCAAUAAGGAGAACCGCUUCCGCGACCGCUCGUUCUCGGAGACCGGAGAGCGGCUGCUGCAGAAGCCCCUGGGCACUGUGGGUAGUGGUGCCGGGGCUCAGGUGAACUCCAGCCGCUACAAGACGGAGCUGUGCCGGCCCUUUGAGGAGAACGGCUCCUGCAAGUACGGCGACAAGUGCCAGUUCGCCCACGGAAUCCGCGAGCUACGCAGCCUCAGCCGCCACCCCAAGUAUAAGACGGAGCUGUGCCGCACCUUCCACACCAUCGGCUUCUGCCCUUAUGGCCCCCGCUGCCACUUCAUCCACAAUGCGGAGGAGCGCCGGGGCCCACCACCCCUCUCUUCCUCCAACAAGGUAGAGAGGCCACGCCUCCAGCACAGCUACAGCUUCGCCGGCUUCUCCAGUGCUGGCAGCCUGCAGGACAGCCCCACCUCAGUAACCCCACCUCCCAUCUUCCCUGCUGAGGACCUCACUGCGUGGCCCACUAAUUCCUUAAUGUACUCCAGCCAGGAGCUGGCCAACCUGUUUGGCCCCAGCCUGGGGCCCCUUGGAGGUGGGGACCUUUCCACCCCAGCUCCCCAUUCGCCGACGGCCCCUUACUUCCGCGCCAUGUCAGAGUCGCCCCAGCUGUUUGAGUCGCCCUCUAGCCCGCCAGACUCGCUUUCUGACCAGGAGGGCUACCAGAGCAGCUCGGGGAGCCUCAGCGGGUCAGAGUCCCCGGUGCUGGACGCCUCGCGCCGGCUCCCCAUCUUCAGCAGACUGUCCAUCUCCGAUGAUUGAAUUGCAUGCCUGAGAUGGAGCGAGAAGAGGCUAGCAGAGGGCACUUCCCUGUCCCCCAACCUCUAUCCCUCGACUUCUGUCUUUGUUUACAAGUGAGGGACAGACAGAUUUGUGUACAACUGUUUUAAGCUAAGCUAAGGGCUCACCCACUUCACCUGCAGUGAGUCAGGACUGCAGAACCCCGUCCCCUCUCGUCACUGUAACCCGACAGCAUCCAUAACACCAUGAGGAAGCACUCAUAGAACUGUGGUUUCUAAAUGAAUCAGUUUUUAAUCAAGGGAAAUGUCCAUUCAGAUAGAACAGUUAAAAAAAAAAUAAUCUGCCAUUUUCCUGAACUCAGCUCUGCUUCUGAACACUUGGCUUCUACUGUGUUUGACAGUGCCAAAAAUGGGUGAAGAAAGUUUGUUGCGAUAAAGGUAUUUCAUAUGCAAUAUACCUUUCUGACACCGUAGCCAUGCCCUGGCUUCCUGCCCUCUAGUGGCCACUCCCCUGCAUUGCCACUGCUUUGAGACCCCACCCUUUUCUUAGCUAGCAGAAUGAUGCUUUAACAUGACAAUGAAUCCUUAUAACUGCGGUAUCAUUCAUGAAGCUUUUUUUUUUAAAAAAAAAAAAAACGGCAGAUAAAGGAAUAAAGUGCCUGGAGCUAGAACAAGGACCCGUUUUCUCCCCCCACCUGUUUUAAAUGGAACAUUCUGCUUGUGAAGAGGAAAUGGGCUUGGGAAUUUGACAGGAAAACAAACUUUUUUCGACGCACAUUUCCUUUUCUUCCAAAAAAACUGUAACAUCCUUAAAGUUGUUGCCUUAAGACUCAAGGUUUUGUAGCUCUCUUGUUUCCAUGUGUGCCGAGAGGAAAUCUCACCCCUGAUCACUGACUGCAGCCCUCCCCGCACUUCCCACCACCCUCCGUAUUCUGCCAACAGUGGCCGAGUCAUGCAUAUUGCUGGUGGCUCUGUAUGACCUGCUUCAAGUGAUCCAUUCCCGUUCGGAUUCCACUCCGGAGCACUUUUUAAUCCCACCCAUAACCUGCUUCAGUUUUUUUUUUCUCUCUUUUUGAUUAUUAUUAUUUUGGGGGAAAAACUUUCAAAAUGGAAGGUUUUGCUUGUCACUGCUUAUUUAUCAAACCGUAUUUAUUGCUGAUCAUAUGCAUUUUUUGUUAAUUUUUUAUUUAUCUGGAUAAUGAAACGAUAGAAUAUAUUUUCUUUUUAUGUUAAAUUAUGAUCUUCCAUAUUAGAGAUUGUGAAGACUUUUUUUUUCCCACAGUUUAAUAUAUUAUACUACAGUGACUUUUUAUAACUUCACUUAUUUUAUCUUGGAAAACAAAAGGUUUUCAUUUUAAUUAUUUAUUGUAGUUUUUCCAUCUUUAAUUUUGGACUGCAAUUUCAGGAUCUGUAGUGGCUUAAUUUCAUUCCUAAACUGUACUAGUGGGCGUGGCCUAAUUGCUGCCCUCCAUGCUUUAGAAUGUAUAGCCUAUACGUUUUGCCUUGACAGUAACAGUCCCUGCCUGUUAUUAGCUAAAUGUGACGUGGAUCGUCUUUACAGAACUGGUCGGUAAGGUCCUUGUUGGUCAAUGCUGUUCCCCAUGUGGAUGUACUGAAAUUUUGUGCCUGAUGUCCCAGAAACUUAAAAUCUUAACCGGAAGGGUUGGAGCGCAGUGUCUCAGUUCGAGACCCUUUUUUUGCCCCUUACAAAAAGGAUUUUGUUAGCAAAAGGGGAUAGGUUACCCCAUCUGUAAAUAUGUAUUUAAAAGUUUUAAGAGAAUUACGUGAGGAAAGUGUCUGAAAAGAAACCAGUGGGCAACCAAAAUGCUUAUGGUUUAGUGUUUAAAGUUGAAACCGCAGCAGUCCUGAGUGAACAAAUUUAUUUUUUUUUGUAAUGGGAGGAGGGGGUCAUAAGGAGAGUAGUCAAGCAUUUUGUUACUGUUUUUUUUUUUUUUAACAUUUCCUAAUGUGAGUUUUAACACUGCAUUUAUGUUCAAAUUGAAGGUUUGCUGGUUACUGAGGGUUUUAGUUGUAAGACUAAUGCGUAAUGAAAGCAAAUCGACCCCAGAGAGACUCCCAUUUAUAGGCGCUCUGCAUGACACACAGGUAACUUUGACUUACUUUUCUUGUUGGAUCAUCCAUAUUAAGUGCCUCUUUCAAUACAUUCCAGGUUUCUAUUUUUGUACAUGGAAGUUUUGGGGGGGGGGCAGGGGAGUAUCUGCUCAUAGUUAGAAAAGUUCAUAUGAGUGACAAAAAAAGCAAACUGUUGAAUGUAUUUUUGUUAUUGCCGUUCAUUGCAGUAAUUUGUUUAUGAACUUUUUUUGUAACGACCGAUUUUGCAGUUUGAAUAAACCCCAUAUUUUUGGAAAA